CACUUAUACUCUUCUCGCACUUAUCUUCUCCCGCCAGCUGCACCCAACAUGUAAACACACGUAUUAGAAAGAAGAAGAAGCAGGAGCACGAAACAUCAAAUACACUAGAAACAACAUUAAAGACAAUACCUCAACAUGUCGAUAACAAGGAGAGUUCAGCAAUGGGCAACAUUUGGCAGGAUGUGGUACUUGUAUGAUGCAAAGUGGCAGAAUCCCUUUGAUUCGGCAAACAAGAUAAUACAUUAUCUCUCGGGCUCUAAUAAACCAAUAUACCAUCCCUUAAGUGAUUGUGGAGACCAUGUUGUUGUAAUAAAUUCACAAGAGAUAGCCCUUCCAGGAAUGGAAUGGGAAAAACGUGUAUAUUUUCACCACACUGGUUAUGCUCGGGGUGCUUCAUGGACAUUAGCAUGGGAACUACACAAACGUGAUCCAACUAUGAUUGUCAGAAAAGCUGUAUACAACAAACUGGACAAGAACCUGCUUAGAAGAGGACGGAUGGCCAGACUUCAUAUAUUUCCUGAUGACAAGAUACCCGAUAACAUCUUGGAAAAUGUAUCGGCUCACCUUCGCCAGCUGCGAGAUGUUCCUACACGGCUUGACCAUUACCCAGAGGACUACGUUACUAACUUCCCCAAAGUAUUUGAUUGGCCUACAGAACAUGUUAUUCAGUAGUUGUGACAUAAUAGCAAUCAGUCUCUCAUAAUAGCAAACAUAGUCAAGAGGAAAAAGUGUUAUUAACCAUGUAAGACAGCAUUGCCAAGAGGAAAAAGUGUUGUUAACCAAGUAAGACAGCAUUGUGUUCUACACCAACACUCCAUAACAUAUAUCCAAAUCUAAGGCUAAUAAAGAUUGUCAGACAUUAACCACAAAACUGUUCUCAAAAUUGGGUGCCGAUGUCAUGUUAGACCCAUCCACUGGUCUUUACUGGGUAGGUAUUGCCAUCAACCUAUAUUACAGUAUUUGUUAACAAGCUACACUGCCGUCAAUGUCAUUUGCAACAUGAAUUAUGGUACAUUAUAAUCUUCUAAAGGCAUUUUAAUUCUGGCAUCUAUACUAUCUUCUGGAGCCAUCUAUAUUUGUGUUAAAUUUAUUGAUAUAAAGUACUGUACAGUAUAAUGGUGUAUAAGGUGACAAGUGAAUUUAUCAAAAAGAGGCAGUUUGACUACGUACUUGUAAAUAUUUAUAAUAAAAUCAUUGCCUUGAAAAAA